AAGGAGGCGAGCGACCCACUGGCUCCCCGGGCGGCGGCGGCCGGCGCGGAACGGGCAGGGCGCGGGGCGGACGGCGGUGACAGGCGGCGCGAGUCCGCACCCUCCCCGCGCAGCGCGGCGCGGCACCAUGGAGCCCGCCGUGUCGCUGGCGGUGUGCGCGCUGCUCUUCCUGCUCUGGGUGCGCGUGAAGGGGCUGGAGUUCGUGCUCAUCCACCAGCGCUGGGUGUUCGUGUGCCUCUUCCUCCUGCCGCUCUCGCUCAUCUUCGACAUCUACUACUACGUGCGUGCCUGGGUGGUGUUCAAGCUCAGCAGCGCGCCGCGCCUGCACGAGCAGCGCGUGCGGGACAUCCAGAAGCAGGUGCGAGAAUGGAAGGAGCAGGGCAGCAAGACUUUCAUGUGCACAGGACGCCCCGGCUGGCUCACAGUCUCAUUGCGGGUUGGGAAAUACAAGAAGACACACAAAAACAUCAUGAUCAACCUGAUGGACAUUCUGGAGGUAGACACCAAGAAGCAGAUUGUCCGCGUGGAGCCUUUGGUGUCCAUGGGUCAGGUGACAGCUCUGCUGACCUCCAUUGGGUGGACCCUACCUGUGUUGCCUGAGCUCGAUGACCUCACAGUAGGGGGCCUGAUCAUGGGCACAGGAAUCGAGUCAUCAUCCCACAAGUACGGCCUGUUCCAGCACAUCUGCACUGCCUAUGAACUGGUCCUCGCUGAUGGCAGCUUUGUGCGAUGUACACCGUCUGAAAACUCAGAUCUGUUCUACGCUGUGCCCUGGUCCUGUGGGACCCUGGGUUUCCUGGUGGCUGCUGAGAUUCGCAUCAUCCCAGCAAAGAAGUAUGUCAAGCUGCGGUUUGAGCCAGUGCGGGGCCUGGCGGCCAUCUGUGACAAGUUCACCCAUGAGUCCCAGCGGCUGGAGAACCACUUUGUGGAAGGGCUGCUCUACUCCCUAGAUGAGGCUGUCAUCAUGACCGGGGUCAUGACAGAUGAAGCAGAGCCCACCAAGCUGAAUAGCAUUGGCAGUUACUAUAAGCCGUGGUUUUUCAAGCAUGUGGAGAACUACCUGAAGACAAACCGGGAGGGCCUUGAAUACAUUCCCCUGAGGCAGUACUACCACCGCCACACACGCAGCAUCUUCUGGGAGCUCCAGGACAUCAUCCCCUUUGGGAACAACCCCAUCUUCCGCUACCUCUUUGGGUGGAUGGUGCCUCCUAAGAUCUCCCUCCUGAAGCUGACCCAGGGCGAGACUCUGCGUAAGCUGUAUGAGCAGCACCAUGUGGUACAAGACAUGCUGGUGCCCAUGAAGUGCCUGUCGCAGGCCCUGCACACCUUCCACAAUGACAUCCAUGUCUACCCCAUCUGGCUGUGCCCAUUCAUCCUGCCCAGCCAGCCAGGCCUGGUGCACCCCAAGGGCGACGAGACUGAGCUAUACGUGGACAUAGGAGCAUAUGGGGAGCCACAUGUGAAGCACUUCGAGGCCAGGUCCUGCAUGAGGCAGCUAGAGAAGUUCGUGCGGAGUGUGCAUGGAUUCCAAAUGCUGUAUGCCGACUGCUACAUGAACCGAGAGGAGUUCUGGGAGAUGUUUGAUGGCUCCUUGUAUCACAAGCUGCGCAAGCAGCUUGGCUGCCAGGACGCCUUCCCCGAGGUAUACGACAAGAUCUGCAAGGCCGCAAGGCACUGAGCCAGGGCCUGUCACCUGGAGAGGCAGACUCUUGUGGGUGGACAUGUGUUCCCUUCGCUCCAGCUUGGCUGCUUUCCCAGACCCACAUUUUUAGAAAGAAACCCCUCCAGAAGUCCUACCCAGACAACCCUGAUGGCCUUCCCCUGGCUUCCAGGGCAGCCAGCCUAGUGGAGAGAACUUGGGAUUUGGAGUCAGGCAAAACCUGAGUCUGGGUCCCAGUUUAGCCACUCAUUAGUUGUGUGACUGAAGCGAGUCACUUAGCCCCUCUGUGCCCCAGUCUCUUCAGCUGUUGGGGGAAAGGGGAACAGGGCAGUAAUACCUACCUGCAGGAUGUCACGUAAGUCAAACACCUAUUCAAUGGCAGAGCUGUUCUGGUUGCUUCCCAUUCAAUAUCACAGUGCUUUAGAUUCAGCGGUUGAGCCUAGAAAGGCUUUCCAUUAGGUCACCUGCGCACAGGUUUGUCUGGAAUGAUGGAGACACCCUGGAGUAGCAGGGCCACUGCCCGAGUCAGCCAGAAGAGCCUCUCAUGGGAAGAAGAAAGGCUCCUCUCCACCCCUGGGUCUCAGGAGGGCCACAUGUGGGGCAAAUAGACCCAAGAUGUGUUGUGCCAAAGCCAGGUCCAUUCCAAAGUUCCCUGUGCUGUCCUGCCCCUUCCUCCUGUGCACUCAGGCCCUCAGGCCACCCUACUCAUUGACAAGUCCACUCAGGACUAUCGUCCUGGAGAAGACAUCUCAAGAUAGAAGCCUAGCCUGGCCUAGGCUCAUUCUUCCUGGCUCCAACCUUCCGGGUCUUCUCUUGUCCCAGAACCCACAUUAGUCAAGGUGAGGGUGUGUGCACUCUGCUCUGCAGCAUGGGGGUGGGGCCAUUACAUUAACUGGGGAAGUGGAGUCCACCAUUGUGCUUCUGUGAGGAGCCUGACUGUGGGGCAGGAAGGAAAGUGCAUCACUGGAUUUCUCCAGCCACUCAUCCCCGUUUUCAUUCACCCUGCCCCCGCUGUAAGUUAAUUUCAGUGCCUUACAAAUCCCAAGCUCAGAGAAAGUUAGCUCCAUUUCCGUUCCAGAGGGAAGGGACCUUCCAAGGUCCUUCUGCCUUGUUAUUGAAGCGUGGUUGUUUGUGCAACUCCACUUAAGAACUGCCUGACGCUGAAAACCCAGAGUCUCAGAGGGAACCAAGUCCUGAAAGGAAGCCAGAAAUCAAGAGCUGAGUCAGGCGGUGAUGAUAUUGGAGUCAGGGGACCUAGUUUUCAGUCCCUGCUCUGUUUCAGCAAGCUGUACAGCCAUGGGUCCAUUUGUCCCUCUAAGCUGCAGUUUCCUCAUUUGUCCCUGGAGCCUUUCUGUCUCACACUAGGAUUGCAAAACCUAUGAAAAGCCUUGUUUGUGUUGAAAAUCAAAGGAAAAAUAAACAAUCUAGGUGACAUUUAGAGAUCAUCAUUUAAGGUCCUUAAGUUUUCAGAAAGGCUCAUCUAUACUGGGGAAAGAAGCACCCAUCUAGUCUCUCCAAGUACCAAAAUUCUUAGAAUCAUGCUUUGACUGAAGUAUGUUCUGUGCCAUGCAGGACUUGGCAUAUGCAUAGUGUCAUUUGGUCCCAUGAGGGCUGGUGCACUUGUGGCAUUCAAAGGCCAAGGAACCAUCUUACCCCUUUGGCCUCUGGAGGAGACAGAAAGAAAAGUAAACAUCAUUCUUUAGUUUGCAAAGCCUGUAGAUUCUGGCGCAAGCUCUCCUGGUUAGAUGCACACAUGUCCUGCUCAGUGCUAGACUGAUGACUCUACUUGCUGUAGGUGAAUGGUUAACCUGAGCAAGGUUCGUCCAACAAUGAAAUUGCGACCCAUCCACCAGUGGAGCCUCUAUCCCAAAGCCACUGCUCAAAGAUGCCUGCACCUUAGUCCUAUAACCAAAAUCAGCCCUUCACAGACCCUACCCAGAACCUUGGGCUUGGAAGGGAAGAAAUUGUACUCACACCAGCCUCAGGUUAAGGUUUGGCUCCAGUAACAUCUUGCCUGGAAAGAGGCUGUCUUUCAGUGCAGUAAGCUGAAUUCCAGCUUUUCCUUGUCAUGUCACUAUCCAUGAGGUGGCUUUAGGUGAGGUUCAAAUUGUGCCAGGAAAGUAAUAGUAAGCUUCUCCCCUCCAGAGUUCCUGGGUUCUUGGCUGAAUGAAGGUUUCUGUAAAAUCAGAGUUGUGGUCACUUUAUUCGGCUGGAAGAAUGAGUUCUUGACUGUUAACUGAAAGGGAAGAAGGGUGGGAUGGAUGUAGCAGUGUAUGAUGUGUGUUCUGCCCCACCCCUCUUUGGUCAUGGGGACCAAGGAGAAAGGCAUGAGUCUCCCCUAUUAGGCUCUUGCAGCCACAGGCACUGUGCCUACUCUAGAAGACCUGUCCCUGUGACUGUAAAUUUGCUGCUUCUAUAAAAAUAAAAUAUGACCU